ACACUUUUAAUCGCCAUAGCCGUACCAGCCAUUGCCAUCCAGCCAUUCGUAACUCUUCUAAGGCCGGCGCGGGGAGGCGGAGGUCCGAUGCCGCAGUAGCCAUCUCUCGCGCGCGCACACGUACGCUCGCACGGACUGUCCGCUUGCGACUCGGAAGGCGGGCGUCUAUCGCGGAGCGGCUGCGGAGGCUCUCUGCCCGCUUGUGGAAGGAAUAACCGCGGGUUUUCUGGUUUCCCCCCGCGCGCGACGAGCGUGCGUGCUUGCGCGCGUGCGUGCGCUUUGCUCGCCAGUGCCCGGCAUCCGUCCUGCAUUACCGGUAUCAUCGGCGCAAUGGUGAAGGCCGUGGCAUUGCUCUCUGGCACUGAGAACGUGAAGGGAGUUAUCUACUUCAGCCAAGAAGGCGAUGGGCCCACGCAUGUUACUGGGAAGGUAUCGGGUCUAAAGCCCGGUCUGCACGGAUUCCACAUCCAUCAGCAUGGAGACACAACGAGCGGCUGCAUGUCAACAGGUCCUCACUUCAACCCCAGUGGAAAGACACAUGGGGCGCCAGUCGAUGAAGAACGUCACGCCGGUGAUUUGGGUAAUGCCGUUGCAUCCGAGGAUGGGGUGGCGGAGAUCGAUCUCACAGAUUCGCAGAUCCCUCUGACUGGAGUUAACUCUAUCCUUGGUAGGGCCGUCGUCGUGCAUGCAGAUCCUGAUGAUCUGGGAAAGGGUGGCCACGAGUUGAGCAAGACGACAGGGAAUGCCGGUGGUCGGCUCGCGUGCGGUGAGUUUAUGUUCCUCUUGCUUGAAUUCACAGCCCCUAAGUCUGGAUGAUUCUGUACAGUCGGUAGAGAGAGAGAGAGAGAGAGAGAGAGAGAGAGAGAGAGAGAGAGAGAGAGAGAGAGAGAGAGAGAGAGAGAGAGAGAGGUGAUACCAUUGGCAGAGUGGUGUUGCCGUGAGGAGGGUUGGGAGGAGGGAGAAUGAUUAUAGAUCACUUGUUGCUGAGGAUAAGACGGAAUGUACAGUGUGUAUGUAUGCCGAAAUCUCCUUCCAUUGGGAGUGUCCCUAGCUGUCUGAAAAACACUAAGAGCCAGCAAGUCCCUCCGGGUAACACAGUUAUCCUAGGCGUGCUAUAAAUAUCUCUGCACCCUGCCUUGGUGCGUGUCUUGGUGCAGAGGCUGAUGCUUUUCUUCUUUCCUUUAUAAAGUUUUGAAUGGUGUCUUUUUGUUUUGUUUUUUUUUGUUUUUUUUUGGGACAAAUGCUCCAGUCUAUUCGUGGGGAGCAUGGUGUCUCUGGGCCUCUAUUCCAAUUUUUGAGUGGUGCUAUGUGUUGUGUUCCAUGCAACAACAGCCAAAGUUUGUGUGAAGUCGGUCUUUGAUUGAUGGAGCAUCGGAUUUGGUUCUUGGUUCAUGAUUACUACCAACUUGAAGGUGUCUGUUGCCACAUUUUGCUUUUUUAUUGUUGUUUUGUUUUCCCUUUCAAACCACUACCUUUGUCAUAUGCGGGGCGGCGGGCCGCAAAUUCAAAUUUGAAGUGCCGUCUAUGAAAAAAUAUGAACGGCGGCGCUGUGCUAUUUUUCAGGAGUAGACUACUACUGUAGUUGCCCCCGGCGACAUAUGGGAAUGGUAGCAGGGGCUUAACACAAUAUAUUUAUUUAAGAAAUUCAACAACAAAGACUGGAGACCUCA